UUUUAACUGAGCGAUAUUAUUAGUAAAUUAGAAGUUAAUUGUUGAUGAAGAUCAAACCCGCACCAAAAUGCAUAAGCUUAAUAUUUUCCACCACUGUGGUAAGACGAUGUCGUACUUGUUUAUUAUUAGCAAGUCCGGAUGCAAAUGAGAUUGGGCCAACACAAGCUGUCUUCAAAACUCAAAGCCCAACUCAAACCCAAAAGAAACAUACUUAACUUCCAAUUCAGGCCAGCCCAAAUACACAGCCCAACAGAAAAUCUUGAAACCCAACAAACCCAAACCCAAACCCAAAUCCACCCACCCUCCCCUGCCCCGCGCCGCAUUGAGUCCAUCACCACCAUUGUUGAAACCAGGUAGCCUUGGCAGCUGCUGCAGCUAUACCUCCUAUCGAAUGGCUUCGGGAACCGACGUCGUUUCACCUGCAGCUAAACCCGCUCUUCCCUCCGCCGUCUCCAUUUCCGGGGCUGUAGUCCCCCGUUUUCCUCUCCGCCGGAUGCCAUACACUCCGACGCAUUAAGCUCCUUGACUGUCUCUGCUAUGCAUUCACUCUGAUAUGUAUCGUAGUCUUGGCGUUCACCGCCUCAUAUACCGGAGCCGCAUAGUGUACUACGUGAAAACUGGCCUCAUCGAUCAAGCACUACAGGUGUUCGACGAAAUGACCCACUCGGACUGCCGGGUCUUCAGCGUCGACUACAACCGCUUCAUCGGCGUACUCGUCAAGCACUCGCGGUACGAUCUCGCCGAGCACUACUACUACGAAAUGGUGCCGAAGGGGUUCUCAUUGGACCCCUUUACUUACUCAAGGUUCAUUUCUGGCUUGUGCAAGAUUAGAAAUUUCACCCUCAUUGAGAAGCUUCUUCGAGACAUGGAUAGGAUUGGGGCAUUGCCUGACAUCUGGGCUUUCAAUAUAUAUUUGAAUCUUCUGUGCCAAGAAGACAGGAUGGAUUUCGCUUUGGAAUUGCUUCAUAGGAUGGUUGACAAAGGAAGAGAGCCGGAUGGUGUAUCGUAUACUAUAAUUAUUGAUGGGUUGUGUAAAGCUGGACAAUUUGAUACGGCAGUUGAUAUUUGGAAUGGUAUGAUUAAGAAAGGGUUCAGGCCUGAUAACAUUGCGUGCACGGCGCUGGUUGUUGGGUUGUGCAAGGGUGGGAAGGUUGAUUUGGCUUAUGACCUUGUCAUUGAUGAAGUGAAGGGUAGUGUUAAUUUUAGUAGUUUGAUUUAUAAUGCGUUGAUUAGUGGGUUUUGUCGUGCCGGUAGGAUUGAUAAGGCACAAGCAAUCAAGUCAUUUAUGAAGAGAAAUGGUUGCGAGCCAGAUUUGGUUACUCACAAUGUGUUGUUGAAUUAUUGUUGUAAUCAGUUCAUGUUGGAGGAGGCUGAGAAGUUGAUGAAGAAAAUGGAGAGGGGUGGGAUGGAACCUGAUGUGUAUAGUUAUAAUCAGCUUCUCAUGGGCCUUUGUAAAGUUAAUAGACCGGAUAAGGCGUAUUUGUUGAUGAGAACUAGGAUGGAGCCAAAGGGGUUGUGUAAUGUUGUGUCGUACAAUACCAUCAUUACAUCAUUUUGCAAGGCAAGCCGUACCCGAAGUGCCUACAAAUUGUUUGAGGAAAUGCGUCACAAGGGCACUGUGCCAGAUUUGGUUACAUUCACUAUUCUUAUAAAUGCCUUUUUAAGAGAAGGUAGUUCAGAGAUAGCCAAGAAGCUUCUUGAUCAGACAACAGCGAUGGGUCUGUUGCUUGACUGUAUAUUUUACACUACAAUAGUUGAUCACCUAUGUAAGAAUGGGAAGAUUGAAAUGGCUUAUAGUGUUUUCAGUGAAAUGUUUGAGAAGGGAAUCACCCCUGAUGUGAUUUCAUAUAAUGCUCUCAUUAACGGGCUGCUCAAGGCUUCUAAAGUGAGUGACGCUAUGCAUCUCUACGAGGAAAUGCAGACUAGAGGGUGUAGUGCUGACGGGGUAACUUUUAAAUUGAUAAUUGGAGGUCUCAUAAGGGAGAAUAAGCUGUCAGUCGCUUGUAGGGUAUGGGAUCAGAUGAUGGAAAAGGGCUUUACUCUUGAUGGAGCUUUCUCCAAGACUCUGGUUAAUGCCAUCAAUUCAAAAGAUGCUGCAUGAAAAUGCUAAACGAGUCAAUAGUAAGAGGCACUUGUUAGAGAGGAUUUCACCUCAUCAAGCCUGGUCUUGUUACCACCUUGUGCUCUUUCUGGCAAGCUACAAACAACUCAGGUACGAGCUUGUAGGAUUGAUUUAUGUACAUAUAUUGCCUUUUGAUAUGAAGAUAAGUACAGGUAUUCUGCUGUUUGUGAGUGUCGUCAAACAAUAUGCAUGGGUGUGAAUGAGGACGUGGGGGGAAGAUAGACAAGGGAGCCAUGGAUGUUUAGCCUUUACAUUGUGUGCUGAAUAAGUGUAAAGAUAUCCUGGAUAUAUUCCAGUGUUUAUGACAAUAUAUUUCACCGUCAUUAAAAAUUGACAGUGGCACUAUCAUAGUAGAAGGAUGUGUCCAUGUAUGAUUUGCCUCCCUAACUUGACGCAUUCUGCUAAAAAUGCCAAAAGGUACUUCAACCUACUUUGUUCUUUUCUUUGUCCUGAGGGACAAUAGAUAAUGCAAGCGGGCUUUGCAAGAACCAGACUACUUCAAGGUAAUUGCUUACCUUUCCUCUCAUUCUAGUUUUAUCACUCCCAAUUUGUCCAAGGAAGGUCAACUAAGGGGAUGCCUAAUGAAGAUUUCAGAACUACAUAUUGAUUCGGUAUCCUUAUUAAUUUCUGGACUGAUGAAGUCAACCUUUAAUUAUGGCUGAGUUCUUGGUCUUGAUUACAUGCCUAGCCUUAAGUGUUAUUUACCAAUAUAGUUCUGAAGCAAUCUAGAGUUUUGAUUCUCGUUUUCAUUUUUGAAGUAAGAUGAGAUGAUGUAAGCAAUCUAGAGUUCAGAUUCUCGUUCCCUUUGUUCUUUAUUUUCUUAGGGUGCACCGUGACCCUCUUGUGCUUAUAGAUGACAUGCAGAGGCUGCAGAUAAUUUUUACGAAUGCUAAUGUGAGAGCACUAUUAGUUUGGGCGUGAAAAUGCUGAAGUACGGCUUCUUAUUCGAAAUGCAGGAUUAGCAGAGAGAACAACCAAAAAUUUCGGCCGUGUCCUCGUGAAGAAAAGCGGAAUAAAGAAGCUUGGGCAUCCUUGCCUUGCUGGAGUCUUGAGGAUGGAAGAAAGCAACGAGAACUUCCAAGGAAUCACUACUAGUUUUCACAGUUACAACACACCUGCUGACCGGGACUCCGAGUCACAUCACAACAUCAUUCGGUAACGAUUAAAGAUGUUCUCUGUUCAUGAACAAGUUAGUGUUGAGUGGUAUAUUUGGCAGAGAGAGUGUUUAUAUCCAGUUGAAGUCUGUAUCUUCUGUAGCAUUUAGCUUUAGGCAAGCUGGGUAUCAGGGGUAAAUAUGUAAAUUGGAUGCCACUCUAAAAUACUCAGAACUCGGAAGCACAUACAGAAAAAGUUGUCACGGAAGAUGACUUGCGUCCCACGCUUAGCUACAUUUUGAUUCUUUGCCUUUUCAAAAAAAAAUAAUCCUUGAAGUUUUCUUCAAGUCAUUCUCUAA